GUCAUUAUUUAUUGACCCCCAACAAUUGAAAUGGGUGGAGAAGGUGAUCCAUAAUUUUAAUCUCAGUUGUCACUUCACAUCCAAGGAAACGUUUACGAAAUAAGAAAAUUUGAAAAAGUGGAACUAAUUUUGAUGACCCAAUAACAGUAUAUGCCAUUUCCUUAUCAAUAUUCUUGAACCAACAUAUUUUUUAACUAGAAAAAUAUGAAAUAUAGCAGAAACUGGGAGGUCCACAGCAUUUCCAAAGGAUAUAUAUAGGUGGGGGUUUUCGGAUGGCGGUCUUUUCUUAACUGGAUUCGGUGAAUGCUGAGUCACCAUGGCUGCUCCAUGUUUCUUGCAGCUCUCUUCCUCAACUGUCGUGAAUGUCAGCUUUCAAAGAAGUGAUUUUGGUUGCUUUCGCUCUUUGCCUGCCAAUUCUCUUUUCAAUUCCAAGUCCAAAAGCUCUUCUAUCAGAUGCCAAUCGACUAGUACUGAAGAACCUAAAACAAGAAGAAAUUUACUGGAUAAUGCAAGUAACCUCCUCACGAACUUGCUAAGUGGGGGAAGCCUUGGGACCAUGCCUAAUGCCGAAGGUGCUGUCUCCGAUUUGUUUGGUCGGCCCCUCUUCUUUUCGCUGUAUGAUUGGUUCUUAGAGCAUGGUUCUGUUUAUAAGCUUGCUUUUGGACCGAAAGCCUUUGUCGUUGUAUCAGAUCCUAUUGUUGCCAGGCAUGUUCUUAGAGAAAAUGCAUUUUCUUAUGAUAAGGGAGUCCUUGCUGAUAUCCUAGAACCAAUAAUGGGCAAAGGACUUAUACCUGCUGACCUUGACACAUGGAAACAAAGGAGAAGAGUUAUUGCUCCUGGGUUCCAUGCCUUGUACUUGGAAGCUAUGGUUAAGAUAUUUACCAGUUGUUCAGAAAGAUCAACAAUGAAAUUUGAGAAACUUCUAGAAAGAGAGAACUCACUUGGUGGAAAGACAAUUGAGUUGGAUCUUGAAGCAGAGUUUUCAAGUUUGGCUCUUGAUAUAAUUGGCCUUGGUGUCUUCAACUAUGACUUUGGAUCUGUUACAAAAGAAUCUCCUGUAAUUAAGGCAGUAUAUGGAACACUUUUUGAAGCAGAACAUAGGUCAACCUUUUAUUUCCCAUAUUGGAAAAUUCCGUUAAUGAAGUGGAUAGUCCCCAGGCAACGGAAGUUCCAGUAUGACCUGAAGGUUAUCAACGACUGCCUUGAUGGACUCAUCAGAAAUGCAAAAGAGACCAGACAGGAAACAGAUGUUGAGAAAUUGCAAGAAAGGGACUACUUAAAUUUAAAGGAUGCAAGUCUUUUGCGUUUCUUAGUUGAUAUGCGUGGAGCAGAUGUUGAUGACCGUCAGUUGAGGGAUGACCUGAUCACAAUGCUUAUUGCUGGCCAUGAAACAACAGCUGCUGUUCUUACUUGGGCUGUCUUCCUGCUUGCUCAAAAUCCUUCCAAAAUGAAAAAAGCACAAACAGAGAUUGAUUCGGUGCUUGGAGAGGGUUCACCAACUUACGAGUCACUUAAAAAACUGGAGUACAUAAGACUUAUUGUUGUGGAGGCUCUUCGAUUGUAUCCUCAGCCCCCUUUGCUUGUUAGACGUUCUAUCAAACCAGAUAUAUUACCAGGGGGCUACAAUGGUGAUAAAGAUGGUUAUACAAUUCCUGUUGGGACUGAUAUUUUCAUUUCUGUAUAUAACCUCCAUAGAUCUCCAUAUUUUUGGGACCGUCCUAAUGAAUUUGAACCAGAAAGGUUUCUGGUGCAAAAGACAGGUGACGGCAUUGAAGGGUGGGCAGGUUUUGACCCAUCUCGGAGCCCAGGAGCAUUAUAUCCAAAUGAGAUUAUAUCAGAUUUUUCUUUCUUACCUUUUGGUGGAGGACCACGCAAAUGUGUUGGAGAUCAAUUUGCGCUCAUGGAGUCAACUGUGGCAUUGGCUAUGUUGUUACAGAAAUUCGACAUAGAAUUGAGGGGACCUCCAGAAUCUGUGGGAAUAGUUACAGGGGCAACAAUUCAUACAAAGAAUGGAAUGUGGUGCAAAUUGAAGAAGAGAUCUAAUGUACACUGAUAUAUUGCAUUAUGAAACAAUACUGAGUAGUUUUCAGUCAGUCAUGGAAUGGCUGUCUUAAUACCUUUUUUUGGCUCUUUUUUUCUUAUUUUCCCUGGGGGUUAUAAAUGAGUUCACUUCCUGAAUAAAUGAAAAUAUUAUACAAGAAAAAGAGUAGAAACAAACCAUGAGCAUUAUUUUGUUUUA